UGGAUCCCACACCCUGACUCUCAGCAAAACAGAGGCAGGAAGGACCGGGCGAUGUGGGACGCGUUAUUAUUGCAACCAGCACGACUGUGAAACAAAUUGGAGAGCCCGAGAGCAGACAUAUUGAUUAAGGCAGCGACACUCCGCCCUCCUGGUCCCGGCCCGGCCUCAUGGAUCCCGGCGGGAGCGACCUGGACUCCAGCCUGCCGCAGCCGGACACCCCGUGCCUGAUCGUGGAGGACUCCCAGCCGGACAGCGUGGCCCUGGAGGACGACCCGGAGAGCAGCUACCGAGCCCUGCUGGCCCGCCGCCUGGCCACCCUGCAGCCCGCCGCCCGCAGCCCCGUCCUGGAGCUGAUAUCAUCACCAUUAGGAAGUAGAUGCUCUCAGACUGACAGCCGAUCAGAGAGCAACAGCCAGUCCGAACACGACGUUGUAGCAGCGAAUCCCAGCUCACCUCUGCCGGAGGAGAGUCAAGUUCUAAACAUCUGUCCUCCACCAGGCAAAAGAAAGAGCCCUCCAGAAGACUCUGAGAUGGAAUCUGGAGCUGAUUCGACAACAAACUGCAUCCGGUCUGAAGAGGGAUCUUCUCAGUUCGGUUUCCUUGAGCUGUCUCAGAGUCAAGAUCUUCAAGCUGAGGAACACAUUGUCCCGCAGACGGAUAGUCAGAGACGCCAGACAUUAGCAGAGCAGAAAGCCAGUUCCAGGACUUCAGAGAGCCAGUGCAACAAAGCAGUGAGGCCUGAGGUGAGCUCCAGCAGCUCGUCGGACUCCCUGGGUCAGUCAGGUCGGCAGAUAAGUGUCCAGGUUCUGCUGCACUCCCAGAACCUCCAGGACGCCGGUGAGCAGGACCAGCAGGACCGCGACAUCCUGUCCUCGCAGGAGGACCUGUUUGACGCUGAUAAGACGGGUGCUGCGGUUGACAGCACGGUUUCUGAGCCGGAUCAGCAAGGUCGCCCCACGUCCACACCAGCCCAUUCCCUCCGACUGCUGCAUCUGUCCGGACAGGGAACUCUGGUCCAGGAAAGUCUGUCCCAGAGCUCCGUCGACUAUGUCGCCCCCACCCCUGACAACUUCCCCCACACUCCUUUAAUUAUUCCCAGCUCGCCAACCGAGGCCGGAAAUGAACACGGUGCUGAUGAACCGAUGGAUACUUCGCUGCCCCCAGACAACCAAGCAGAGGAAAAGGAUGAGCCAAUGGAAACUGAGGCUGCCUCCAAGCCACGCCCAUGUGCCUCUACGCCUGUAUCCCAGAAUUCCCCUGGUUUUGCUUUUGAGCGAGUUCUCUCGGUACCCUCCCAGCCAGAGUUCUCUCAUGAUGUUUUCGUCCCGACGCAGAGCCAGGAGGUGCCUGAACAGUUGCAUAAGAAGUCAGCGUCGUUGCCUUCAGAAACACAGUCUCAGCAGCCGGAGUCGGCCUUGUUCGCCUUGCCUUUGCAACUCUCCGUGAACACGGAGACCUGCAGCCCUCAUCACUCCAUCCCGCAGCAGACCGAGGACGAUAGUCAGGCCACGCAGAUCGAGGAGUUGGAAGAGCCGUCCAGUGUUGACACCAGCGACUCGGUGAUUUCACAUCCCAAUCAGAGAAAUGAGAGUGAAGCCGUCCCCUCUGAACUACCAGCUGCUACCGCUUCCAAAGCUUCUGUCUCUGCUGAAUCACCGAGGCAGCGAAGCGAAUGUGCCGCGUCUGAACAGUCCCAUCUGUCGCAGAAGUCUGACUGUCACGAAAAGAAAGAAACCUCUUUGAAUGUACAAAAUGUGAAUGUAAAAGACAGGAGCGACAGUGAAGAGGCCGUGUCUUGUUCUCAAGCUAAGGUUGAAUCCUCUAAUGUGACUGUUAGUAACUGUGUGCAGGAGACUCCCUGCAGCUUACCGUCACAGUCAGUGAUCUCUCAAACUUCUGCUGUCGAUGUUAAGAGUUCUGUAGACUCAAAAGCGGAAACAGCAAAGAGUCAGUCUGUAGAGUCGGUGUCACUUAACAGCCAGACUGUCAAAGGCAGAAUGAAUGAAGGUGAGCAGGGAGAUGAGGAGGUACUGAUGGAGGAGGAGGAGGAGGAGACCUCAGGAGGAGCAUCAGCAAUAGACCUGGUCCUCUCCCAGAGCCGGCUGUUGUCACCUGAACCCAUGGAGGAAGAGAAGAGCCAAGACGGAGGUCAGGACAGUAUCAUCGUUGUAACGGACAGCGAGAGAGACUCCCAGGUUCUCCAGAAAGGUGUGACGUCACAGCCAAAGGCCGUCGUCUCCACUAACGGCCAUGAAUCCCAGAGUCGGGAGAAAGAAGUUCACGUCGACCCAGAUGGGUUAUCUCAGACUGAGAAGGAGGGGCGUGAGCCGGUGGUCCUCAAAGACAAGAGCCUGAGCGACAGCUCGGGAGAAAUUUCAUUCCACUUCACACUUCCUAAAGAAGGGGAGUUGAUUGGUCCUGCUGUCGGUGCCACGCCGCCUCUCAUCAGCCAGCUGAAGCAGACACUCAGACACAGCACUCCCAUCGAGAUCAGCUCCCUGGCUGAAAAGGCAGACGUAGCAGGAGACAUCUCUGCAGACGUGGUCAUGGCCGGCGGCAACGUGGCGGCGGGGGAAAGCGGCGAGGAGGCGGCUGAGAAAGAGGGUGGGAAGCUGAGUUUGAGGAUGAAGUUGGUGACCCCAGUUGAGGAAGGCAGCUCGGAGCGCUUCAGUCUGCAGAAGCCAGCGCUAUCAGAGGAGGAUGGGCCCGUUGUCAAGGUUACCGCUGUUUCCAUGGCUGUAACCAGCAGUCCGUCCGUGUUCACGCGGGUCAGGCAGGUGCACCGCCAGCAGGAGGUGGAGGACGACUACCAGCCCGGAGCCAACGCCACACCUGUCAGGGGUGACCUGUUCGCUUCACCUCAGAGAAACUCCCCGGCGUCCUCAGCGGGGUGCAACAGCCUCCCGAACAGCCAGUCAGAACCGUCCCGACAGGAGGCGUUGGCAGCGCCUGCCGUCGCCCCCGGAGAGCCGUCGUCGGGGAGGCGGGGACCCCCUGAGCCGGCCCCUCCCACCCCAACCAACGUCAGGCAGAAGGUGGUUCCCCGGCACAACUCUGACAACGCCGUCACUUCCACCCCGUCCAAGCGACGGCAGCAGUCGGUCUCCCAGCAGACCAGCUUCGACGCAGCGGGGCCACGCUCGUCCCCUGGCAGGGGGGAACCGGAGUCUCCGUCGUUCAGAAGGACCGCUGGCCCCGCCCACCGCAGACACGUGCGCACCAUUCAGGAAGUGAGGACCACAGUCACGCGGGUCAUCACCGACGUGUAUUAUGAGGACGGGAAGGAGGUGGACCGCAAAGUCACCGAGGAGAGCGAGGAGCCCGUGGUGGACUGUCAGGUCCUAGACAGCGACAUUUCUCCGUGUCGCACAGGCAGCAGCUCCCUGACCUCCGGUGACCUGGCUGACAUCAGCUCCCUGUCGUCCAAGACCUCCAGCCUGCACCACAGCUCCUCGGGAACCAGCAGCAUCACCAGCCACAUCAGGCCAGAUUUCUUUAUGCCCCCCGGCAGAGGGGCCAAAUCCAUAAGUCCCAGGAGGGGAGGUGGGCAUCAACAGAGGGGUCACAGGGGUCACAGGGCAGGGGCGGUGCUCACUAUGGGCAGAGGCUACAGCACCUUUGGGUCCCGGGCCUUCGUCCCGCUGACCCCCAGAGGGAGGGCUAGAAGGGGCCGGCCCCCGUCCCGCUCCUCCCUGUCCAGGGGGGGUCGCGUGGGCUCUCUGCAGAGACUGGGAGUUCACGGCCAGCCACCUUCCUCCCCGGAGGACGAUCCCUACGCCCGCAUGCUGCCGCCGCGCCUCCCCGCCAGCCCCACCGAUGCCGAGCUCCCCAGCCGCUCGGACUCCCUCAGGUCCUCGCCGGAGCUGGCCAGCUCCGCCGGGAGCAGCUUCGUCGGCCUGCGCGUGGUCGCCAAGUGGUCGUCCAACGGCUACUUCUACUCGGGCCGCAUCAUGAAGGACGCCGGGGACAGCAGGUUUCGCCUUCGGUUCGACGACGGCUACGAGUGCGAGGUGGCGGGGAAGGACAUCCUGCUGUGCGACCCGAUCCCGCUGGAGACGGAGGUCACGGCUCUGCUGGAGGACGAGUACUUCAGCAUAGGAGUUGUGAAGGGCCACAAGACGGAGGGCCAGGAUCUGUUCUACGGUGUGGAGCGGGACGGGCAGAGGCAGUGGUACAACCGGACCGCCGUCAUCCUGUCGCUGGAGCAGGGCAACAAGCUGAGGGAGCAGCACAGCCUGGGCCCCUACGAGCCCUCCAACCCCCUGACCAAGGCCUCCGACAUCAGUCUGGAUAACUUGGUGGAGGGGAAGAGGAGGCGCAGGGGAACCCCCGGAGGUCCAAACACACCCAACCGCAACUCCUCCAGCAGCCCGCGGAGCCCCGGCCCCUCCGGCAAGAGGAAACUGAUGUCCUCCGAGGACGGCCAGACGCCCUCCAAGAGAGGCCGGAGGAGGGGCGGAGCCAGAGCUGCUCAGCGGGUUGCAGUGUGCAACACCUCUGGCAGCGGCACGGACCUCCCGCUUCAGUCGGGGGACGUGACGGAGACGCACGGCCCGCUGCCCCAGAACACCUCCCUCUUCAUGGGCUUCGCCUUCAUGCUGACGGCGUCGUCCGAGAGCGACCGCUUGACCAAUAAGAUCUCUAGCGACGAUGAGGAGGAUUACGUGCAGACUGGUCCGUAUAACAAAGUGUACACUGAGUCCCAGCUGCAGGCAGGUGGCGGCUUCAUCCUCCCGGACUUCAACGAGGAGCAGUGUAAAGCAGCGUACCAGAGCCUCCUCAUCGCCGACCAGCACUGCCGCACCAGGAAGUACCUGCUGUGUCUGUCGAGCGGCGUCCCGUGUGUGUCGCACAUCUGGGUGAGAGACUGCUGCAAAGAGAACAAGCUGCUGAACUACAGGAACUACCUGCUGCCGGCCGGCGUGGGGCCGGACGACAACAUCGUGGAGUGGCAUCCUCGCUCCAGCCCGUUCAAGGCCCUGCGCGUCCUGCUGGUGUUCGAGGAGCCGGUGGAGCUGUGGGCCCAGCUGAUGACCCUGGGGGGAGCGUCUUCGGUCCGCCAGUUCCAGCCAGACAAGGACGGCUCCGACAUUCCUGCUGGAAAGUAUGACGUUGUGGUGACGGACCACACCUGUCCACCGCUGGUAGAGAAAAAUGUGACAUCCCAGGAAGUCCCGCUGGUGUCGUCCGAGUGGCUCAUCCACAGCGUGAUCUGUGGCGAACGCCUGGGUUUCCACAGCAAGCCUCAGUACCGCCACGAGUCCUCGUCCUCAUAAUCCCACUCCACGUGUGUGAAACGCCUCGGACCAGGUUAAAUGUUCAGCGUUAGUUCUGUUGCAUGCCUCUGCUGUAUAUAACUCAACCAUGUCUGUUUUUAUGGGAUAAUAAAUUGUGACCCUUGUUUCAUUUUAA